GAGUGAACGAGCUGUCAUAUGAAAAACCGUGAGCAAAUGUCAAAUAAGCGGCGAGGUGUCGUGCAAAAAACCAAAAAACCAAAAAACAUUUUCUUCAUUAGCGAUCUGAAUUUUCAUUUGGAAAUAUUAAUAAUAAAUUCUUUGUGCUAGAGUGCAAAAAUUCGAAUAGUUGGUUUUUUGAAAAGGUUUAUUACAAUUCAAUCAUUUGUGCAAUUUCAUCACCACUUCGAACAUUAGCCGAAGAGUCAUCGCCGAACAGUUGUUUACACCGUGUCAAACUUAACCUCAUUCCGCACAAGUCCGCGAACCAAAAAUACCGACAAGAACCGUGAAGCAUCGCCAAAGCGCAUCGAAUUUCAAUCCACCGAGUCCAGAAGAGUGUCAUUUCUAGUUGCAAAAGAUUAAAACACACCUAAAUCGACUGAAAUAGAACGUCACUUCAACCAUGUCACAGUCUUCCAAUGAAACUGGUGAAUUCUCGAGUCCAAUUUGUUCAAUGAUUGGCGAAAAAUUGUAUUUAAGCGAGACGAUGGCCGACUUCCACUUCCUUUUCGAGACAAACGAUGGUGAAUAUGAACGUGUCCCGGCUCACAGAAAUUUCUUGAUCGCCGCAAGCGAUGUCUUUGAGGCAAUGUUCAAUGGAUCGUGGGAAGAGAUGAACGAAGUCGAAAUUGUUGACUCGCCGGUCGCAGCGUUUAAGGAAUUUCUACAGUUCUUCUACCUGGGGCGAGUGAAAAUAACUGCUGCAAACGUUGCAAAGGUCAUGUACCUUGCCAAUAAGUACAAUUUGGCCGACGGUUUGAAUAUGUGCUCGCAAUUUUUGAUGAAUGUAUUGACCGAUGACAACGCUUGCUGGUGCUACGAUUUGGCAAAUCUCUUCCAACAACAAGAAUUGAAGAAAUAUUGCGAGACUGUGUUCACAAUAAAUACGAAAGCAGUGCUCAAGUCAACGAGUUUCCUGGAAUGCGAUCGAGAGGUUUUGGGCCACAUUAUCAAAAUUGAUUCAUUGAAUUGUUCGGAAGUGGACAUUUUUGGCGCUUGUAUGAGCUGGGUUGAAGCAGUCAGCAAACAGGCCAUCCUCACGAAAGAGCUGAUCGGCACUCAUCUUGGUGACGUAUUCCAUUACCUUUGUUUUGGUUCGAUGGUUAAUGCAGAGCUUGCAGCGAUUGUACCGACAUACGGGAAUUUAUUUUCAAUCGACGAAUACAAAGACAUCAUUCAAAUGAUGGCAUCACCAGGAUUCCAACCAACGAUUUUCAAAGCGAAUCGCCGAAAGCCGUUCGAAGGUAUUCAAUGGGAUGAAGAAGCUACUCUUGAAUGUGAUCGAUUGAAAACCGAGUCAAGAAAUGUACGCAGCGUUGGACACCGUAUAAAAACCACUUUCUCAACAAACAAACCCAUUCUUCUAGGAGGAUUUCGUUGCUGUAGCUUAUGGUACAAUGAUUAUGGAUCAGAUGUGGGCCUAUCAGACAUAGAUUCAACAGAAAUGAAGAUCGUCGAGGUUGCACCUAAAACCGAUGCAGCGAAUGGGGUUGUUCUCUAUAACGAAAUAAGGUCGGAUUGUUACCUUGACGAACAGAUAACCUUGCCAAUGCCAAGACUUAUCAGGCCCGGAUUUAUGUAUGAAAUUCAGCUGGAACAAGAGCAGGACGAUUUUUGCACUCGUACGAGUUUGAAAUCCGAAGUCAAAAUGGAACCUGAUAUCAUCGUACAGUUCCAUCCGAAUUCGAUGGAUGAAGACGUUGAUAACGAAACCGGUAUAAUUCAGAAACUUUACUUCAAUCGAAUCGUUUGAGCCAAAAAGGGUGAUGAAUCAUAACAACUGCAAACACAAAUAACACAUUUCUGUAACGGUUCUGUAGUAGAAGUAAACAAACAAAUAAAUGAAAUGUUCAUUUUGAAUUUCCGUUCAGAAACAA